CGGCUUUUGUUUAUCAGUCAUCGGCAUCCCUAAUCCACCUAUAGCACCUGUUUCGUUACCACACGACGACAACUCCAGCGAUACUACCAUUCUGAUUAACCUUCAUGACCGCGAUCGACUCACGCCAUCCCUAAUAAUUACAGUUGUCUCCGCUGUCGUCGGCUCCUUUGCAUUGCUUCUCACUCUCUACGCCUACCUACGCUUUAGCCGCCGCACUCGCCGACAACUAUGUAAUACUGGAUCGGAAGCAGCAGCUGAUGCUCUCAACGACAAUGACCGGUGGUGUUCUACCUCUCGGCGGCAAGAUCGAACACCACAUCUGGUAUAUCCGAACGCAGGGUCUUGAUGAUAGCACGAUCGCGUCGAUCACCUCCUGGAUUUAUAAAUCUAGCGACAGCCUCAUCGAUAGUAAGGAUUGUUCUGUUUUCUUUGGCGAGUUCUAUGAUGGCGAACUGGUACGCCUGCUCCCCAAGUGUAGCCACGCCUUUCACCUACCCUGCAUCGAUAAGUGGCUCAAAUCUCAUGGUAACUGCCCUCUCUGUCGCGCUCCAAUAGUUUCUCCGGCAACUGCCACUGUACUCGCACCUUCUCCUGCUUCUCUUGCGAACCGCCGUCAUCUCAAAUCUAGCAGACCCAGUAAUUGGCUCCCCUGCUCAACUCAAAACCUCACAAAUCGAGGCCUUGCCAUAGGAAAACGUUAGCGAGGAUUUUUGAGGUCGGAAUUGUGAUCUACCAAAGUGGAGUAUCAUCUUCUCGGCCUGCAACUUCACAACUGCCGCCUAAUUCGUUAGAAGAAGAAGAUAACUUGCAGUCAAUCCGGCGAUCGGUUUCAAUGGAUAACUUCUCUCUGGAUGUGAUUAUCAACCACGGUAGGGCAGGAGAGUACUCAAUAGCUUCUAAUCGAGAGAAACCA